UCUCCGCUGCGGCGGUUCCCGGGGCGGUACCGGCGGGGUCCCGGUGCAGCAUCGCGGUCCCGGGGCGCAGCCGGGGGGGCUCCCGGUGCCCGUGCCGGUCUCUCCGGUGCGCGGGGCGGGGCCGGGGCGGGGCCGUUCCCGUCGGGCGGGGCCGUUCUCGCCGCUCGCCCCGACCGCGGCCCCGGCCCCGGUACCGGCCCCGCCCGCCGGGCCCAGCCCCGCAGCACCGGCAGCGCCGGGCCCCCCCCGGCCCCGGGACCCGCCGGGACCCCCCGGCAGCAGCGGCGCCCCCGGGCAGGGCCCGGAGCCCCCCCAGCCCCAUGGCCUGCCUGCACGAGACCCGCACCCCGUCGCCGUCGCUGGCGCUGCCGUCGGACGGGACCCCCGAGCAGGAGCUGACCCCCACGCAGUGCGUGCUCCGGGAUGUGCUGCCGGCGCCCAGCGCGCCCCCCGAGGCCUGGCCCCGCCGCGGGGGCGCCCGGGGCCCCGAGCUCGGCCCCGAGGCCGCGGGGCCGCUGGCGGCCGACGCCGCCCACCUGCGCUGCCAGGCCGGGGGCGGCUUCCUCGAGGGGCUCUUCGGCUGCCUCAAGCCCGUGUGGACCAUGAUCGGCAAAGCGUACGCGGCCGAGCACAAGCACCCGCCCGAGGACCCCUGGGAGGUGCCGUUCGAGGAGAUCCUGGACCUGCAGUGGGUGGGCAGCGGGGCGCAGGGCGCCGUGUUCCUGGGCCGCUUCCACGGCGAGGAGGUGGCCGUGAAGAAGGUGCGGGACCUCAAGGAGACCGACAUCAAACACCUGCGCAAGCUCAAGCACCCCAACAUCAUCACCUUCAAGGGCGUGUGCACCCAGGCCCCCUGUUACUGCAUCAUCAUGGAGUUCUGCGCCCAGGGCCAGCUCUACGAGGUGCUGCGCGCCGGCCGCAAGGUCACCCCCUCGCUGCUGGUCGACUGGUCCAUGGGCAUCGCCGGCGGCAUGAACUACCUGCACCUGCACAAGAUCAUCCACCGCGACCUCAAAUCGCCCAACAUGCUCAUCACCUACGACGACGUGGUGAAGAUCUCGGACUUCGGCACCUCCAAGGAGCUCAUUGACAAGAGCACCAAGAUGUCCUUCGCCGGCACCGUGGCCUGGAUGGCCCCUGAGGUGAUCCGCAACGAGCCCGUCUCCGAGAAGGUGGACAUCUGGUCCUUCGGGGUGGUGCUGUGGGAGCUGCUGACGGGCGAGAUCCCCUACAAGGACGUGGACUCGUCGGCCAUCAUCUGGGGCGUGGGCAGCAACAGCCUGCACCUGCCCGUGCCCUCCAGCUGCCCCGACGGCUUCAAGGUGCUGCUGCGCCAGUGCUGGAACAGCAAACCCCGGAACCGCCCGUCCUUCCGCCAGAUCCUGCUGCACCUCGACAUCGCCUCGGCCGACGUCCUCUCCACCCCGCAGGAGACCUACUUCAAAUCCCAGGCCGAGUGGCGGGAGGAGGUGAAGCUGCACUUCGAGAAGAUCAAGUCGGAGGGGACGUGCCUGCACCGGCUGGAGGAGGAGCUGAUCAACCGCCGGCGCGAGGAGCUGCGGCACGCGCUGGACAUCCGGGAGCACUACGAGCGGAAACUGGAGCGCGCCAACAACCUGUACAUGGAGCUGAGCGCCCUCAUGCUGCAGCUGGAGCUCAAGGAGAAGGAGCUGCUCAGGCGGGAGCAGGCGCUGGAGAAGCGCUACCCCGGGCUCUUCAAGCCGCGGGUGCCGCGGGGGCUCCUGCACGGCAACGCCGUCGAGACCCUCAUCAAGAAGCGAAACGUCCCCCAGAAGCUCUCGCCCCACGGCAAGCGCCCCGACAUCCUGAAGCCGGAGGUGCUGCUGCCCAAGCUGGACGCGGCCAUGGCGCAGGUGGCGCUGCCGGGGUGUCCCAAGGGCCCCCCGUCCCCCGGGCGCAGCCGCCGCGCCAAGGGCCGCCACCGCAAGGCGGGGCCGCGGGGGGGCUGCGCGGAGCCGGGGCCCGAGGCCGGGACCCCGCGGGGCCCCCCCGCCGCCGCCGCCAGCCCCGACAUCCUCGGGGGCACCCUGGAGGCCGCGGGCGCGCCCCCGGCCGCCGAGCCCGACGCGGGGCCCGAGGGCGCCUCGGGCAGCCAGGGCUCGCCCCCGGCGCAGCCCCCCACGCCCGGGGAGCCCGAGCGGGAGAGCGGCGCCGGCCGGGGGGGCAAAGGCGCGGCCGGGCAGCACCUGACCCCCGCGGCCCUGCUCUACCGGGCGGCCGUCACCCGCGGGCAGAAGCGGGGGGUCUCGUCGGAGGAAGAGGAGGGCGAGGUGGACAGCGAGGUGGAGCUGCCGCUGCGGCAGAGGUGGCCCCCGGGGAUGAGCAAGCGCCAGUCGCUGUCCACCUUCAGCUCCGAGAACUUCUCGGACGGCGACGGCGACGAGGGCCACACGAGCGAGCCGUCGCACAGCGCCACCCCCGACGUGGGCAGCACCAACACGGACGAGCGCCCCGAUGACCGCUCCGAGGAUCUGCUGUCCCAGGGCUCCGAGAUCCCGCUGGACGCGGCCCCGCCCGACGGGCCCGGCCGCCGGCACGGGGGGCUCAGCCCCACCAAGGUCUCCGAGGACUCGGACUGCGACAGCGCGGAGCUCGACCACUCAGGCAGCGGCGAGGGGCCCCCCCGGCCCACAGCCCCCCCGGGCCUGUGACCUGCGCGCCCCCACAGCCCACCCUGCACUCCCCCUCCUCACUUGUACAGCCCCAAAUAUUUAUAUAAAUAUCUAUCGCUCUCUA